AUGAAUUUAACUUAUACAAAAAUAGAAGAUUUAUCUCGAAUUGUAAAUGAUCUACAAGAAUCCUUUAAAUCAGGAUUAACAAAACCCUUGGAACAUAGGAGGGAACAAUUAAAACAACUUUGGGUUAUGAUUGAUGAGAAUGAGGAAGAUAUUUGUGAUGCAUUAUGGAGGGAUUUACACAAGUCAAAAUUUGAAUCUUCUUUGGGCGAAUUAAUAUGGGUUAAACAAGAAUCUCAUGAAGCAAUUAAUAAUUUGAAAAAAUGGUCAGAAUCUGAAUAUGUUAAAGUUGGUUUGAGUCAUCAAUUGAAUAAAUGUCAUAUAAGAAAAGAACCAAAAGGAUCCUGGAAUUAUCCCAUCAAUCUUUUAUUGGUCCCUCUUAUCGGUGCGAUUGCUGCGGGUUGUACAGCUAUUUGCAAACCAUCUGAACUUGCACCAAAUGUUGCAAAACUUCUUGCAGAGUUAUUUCCAAAAUAUCUUGAUCAAAAUUGCUAUCGAGUAGUCAAUGGUGAUGCACAAGUUGUCAGCUCGUUGAUACAAAAUCAUAGAUUUGAUCAUAUUUUCUACACCGGAUCUGGAACCGUUGGUAAAAUCAUAAUGUCUGCUGCAGCAAAACAAUUAACUUCUGUGACGUUGGAAUUAGGUGGCAAAAGUCCUGCUAUUGUUACUGAUGAUGCUAACAUCGAGAUCACUGCAAAGCGUUUAAUUUGGGGGAAAACUUAUAACUCUGGUCAAACAUGUAUUUCACCUGAUUAUAUUGUUUGUACAAGAUCAACACAAGAGGCUCUUAUCAAAGAAUUUCCAAAAGCAAUCGAAAAAUUUUUUGGAGAAGAUCCAAGUAAAAGUCAAUAUUAUUGUCGAAUGAUCAACCAAAAUCACUUUGAUCGUGUGAUAAAUGUUUUUAAUCAAACAAAUGGCGAUGUGGUGAUUGGCGGCAAAUACGAUAAAGAAGAUCUAUAUAUUUCUCCUACUGUAAUAUCCAACGUUUCAAAAGAUGAUAAAUUAAUGGAAUGUGAACUCUUUGGUCCAAUUCUUCCUAUUAUGAUCGUUGAUGAUUUGGAUGAAGCAAUUGAUUAUAUAAAUAGUAAAGACAUUCCAUUAUCACUCUACAUCUUUACUAAAAAUGACAAGACUAGCCAAUAUCUGACUGACAAGAUUAGGUCAGGUGGUGUUUGUAUUAAUGAUUGUUUGAUGCAUUUCACCGUAUCAACAUUACCAUUUGGCGGCUUAGGACCAUCAGGAAUCGGUUCAUAUCAUGAAAUUGAUGGAGUUGCGUUAUCCACCUUACAAAGAUAA